AUGAAAUAUUUCUAUGGGCUAGUCGGGACACGCUAUUGCAAAGUGAGUGUUUAUCCAUGUGAUAUGAUACAAGGCGGUUUUGGUCGCGGUUCGGUAGAUAUUGAGUGUGGAGGGAAGGAGAGGAGGAACAUAGAUUGGUGGAUAGUGGAUAUGAAAGGGGCCUUAAACAGCUUCUUUCCAGAAAUGGGAACAAGGUACAGUGGCGGCCGUGAUGGGCGUGGUCAACGUGGUGCAGCGUAUAACGCUAAUGGUAGGCAGUCCAGGCCUGUUCAACGACUGUCGUUUCGACGUGAAAAUAGUGGUGAUCCAGAUGCAAAUCUAUCCUCUUUUUACAGAGACCGAUUUGGUAGUCAUUCCCCGGAAGAGUAUAUGAAUCUUCGUUUUUCGCAUUUUGACAACAAAAUUACUAAGGACGAAAUUAAAGAUAUCUUGGAACGUGAAUUCCGUCGAUAUGCUCCAUUUGAGAUAAAAAUAGUGCGUAAUCCUGGUGACGAGCAGCGCCUUGCUUACGUAAAUUUCGAGCGUCCAGAGGCGGCGCGAACAAUUCGACAUACGAUGUUACCAAGGUUGCAGAAAUUACUUGGAAAGAGACUUCAUCUUGAUCCUGCAGGAAUAAUCAGAGAUCAAGAAGGAAAGUAUAUUCCUGAUAGAUAUAAUCGAGCAUUGCAAGCUGAACGUGAGCGUGAACGAAAGGAUCCUCUAAGAAGGAAAUCUCCAAACAGACGUCGUGAAGAUGGGGGAACAUGGAAUUUGAAAGAAGAUGACAGUGAUGCAACAAGAACACUUUUUGUGGGAAAUAUGCCAGCAGAUAUACGGGAGUCAGAAAUUCGUCGUGUUUUUGAGAAAUAUGGAAAAGUUGAAGAUGUUGAUAUCAAAACACCUCCAGAAACUAAUGCUGCAUAUGCUUUCGUUCUUUUCCAAACUUUGGAACAGUCUAUGAAUGCAAAAGCCAAUGAACAUGACCGUCCAAUACGGGCAGGAACAACUCGUUGUAAAAUCGGAUAUGGCAAAUCACAGCCAUCAAACCGUUUAUGGAUCGGUGGGCUAGGACCUUGGACAUCUGCAGAAUACUUGGCUAAGGCACUUUUUUCAGAAUUUGAUCGAUAUGGGCUUAUUGAUCGGUUAGACUAUGAAGAAGGUGCUGACUUUGCAUAUAUACGAUUUACGGAUCAGAAUGCAGCAAUGGACGCUUGCCGUGCCAUGAAAGGUUUCCCAUUGGGUGGAAGAGACCGAUGCAUUAUCGUUGACUUCGCCAAAGAUGACCAAAAAGAAGACCGAAAAAGGCGACGGAGUACGUCUGCCGGGUCGAGAAAGCGUAACAAAGGUCCACGUACGCCACCUGAAAGUCCAUCAAGUACACCGUCUGAUGGUGAAAUCGAUACCAUUGAUGAGCUGGAACGAAGAAUUGCGCCAACUUGGCAAGGUUUCAUUAUCCUGAAAAAAACUGAAUACGCGAUUCGUUUGCAUCGUAUCUCGGGAACCGAACAUCUACUUCAAAAGUUACUUCGUGAUCCGUCGGAUGGUAGCGCAUUGAAGCUGCAUAUUACUCAACGGUUACCAUUGGUUAGUCAGGAAGCACUUGAGGAACGAUUAAUUCACUCAUCAAAGAAGCAGCUUAGCUUAAUGAUUGCUGUAGCAUGUGAUAAGCCCAUUCGACCACUCGUUAAUUAUCUUUCCGAGAAAGAUGCUGCCGGUGUUGUCACUGUACCCAACGGUGUAUUGUAUGUUUUUGCUGCUAGUAAUAUGGCUGAUCGAUUAAUUCAGGCCUGCGCACGCAAUAUAACCUUAUUGACACCUGAAUGUGGCCAUCUGUUAUUUGCACUGGCCCUAAAGGCCUCACCUGAGACUCCCAAUGGGGAAAUAGCAUUUUUGUAUUUCAAGAUUUGGCAUUUCUUGGAAUUUGAGACUUUACUAAGCGGAAGUGGAGAGUUGGUCUUUCUGAAUGACAUCGCACUACCACACUUGUUUGAUUUGAAUUCCGCUGUUAUUUUGAGCAAACACUUUGUUACUAUACAUGCUGAUAUUCUGGAACAACGCGUUUUUUAUUUCGUAGUUUUGCCGUUCACAUAUGAAGGGUACGGAUCAGGUCUGGGAAUUCACCAGAGAAUCCUGAUAGUACGAAAUUUCACGAAGUCAAGUUCUGGAACUCUUAGGCCAGAAAGUGUUGAAGCUCAAGAGGUAUUCGUGGGUAGUAGGGCAAUAUAUGUUCAUAUAUUGCCCUACUACUCAUGA